AUGGGCGCAGGGGUGAUCGACGCGGACUACCGCGGCCCGGUGGGCCUCGUGCUCUUCAACCACUCGGAGGCGGACUUCGCCGUGAAGCCCGGCGGCCACAUCGCACAGAUGAUCCUCCAGGUGAUCGCGACGCCGAAGGUCGCCGAGGUGGAGGACCUCGACGCUACCGUCCGGGGGGAGGGAGGAUUCGGGUCCACCGGCGUGUGA